AUGCCGGUGGCUGCUUCCGCUAUCUACUUUCUAAAUCUCCGUGGCGAUGUACUCAUCAAUCGCACAUACCGCGAUGACGUCGGGGGAAACAUGGUGGAUGCAUUUCGGACGCAUAUAAUGCAGACAAAGGAGUUAGGGAAUUGUCCUGUGCGUCAGAUUGGUGGCUGCUCCUUUGUCUAUAUGCGAAUCAGCAACGUCUACAUCGUCAUUGUUGUCAGUAGCAAUGCUAAUGUAGCUUGUGGAUUCAAAUUCGUUGUUGAGGCUGUUGCUUUGUUCAAAUCAUACUUUGGUGGAGCUUUUGAUGAAGACGCUAUAAGAAAUAACUUUGUUCUGAUUUAUGAAUUGUUGGAUGAGAUCAUGGACUUUGGCUACCCACAAAAUCUCUCCCCUGAAAUUUUGAAACUUUAUAUCACUCAGGAAGGUGUACGGUCACCGUUUUCAUCAAAGCCAAAAGACAAGCCUGUUCCAAAUGCAACAUUACAAGUUACGGGUGCUGUUGGCUGGAGAAGAGAGGGCCUUGCUUAUAAAAAGAAUGAGGUGUUUCUGGAUAUUGUGGAAAGUGUAAACCUUCUUAUGUCCUCUAAAGGCAAUGUUCUCCGGUGUGAUGUGACGGGGAAAGUCUUAAUGAAAUGUUUCCUUUCGGGAAUGCCUGAUUUGAAGUUGGGGUACCGAAUAACAGAGGGUGUGAAUCUACCUUUCCGCGUACUACCAACAAUCAAAGAACUUGGUCGUACACGCAUGGAAGUGAAUGUCAAGGUCAAAAGUGUGUUUGGUGCUAAAAUGUUUGCCCUUGGGGUCGUAGUUAAAAUUCCUGUGCCAAAACAAACAGCAAAGACAAAUUUCCAAGUGACAACUGGUCGCGCUAAGUACAAUCCAUCUAUCGAUUGCUUGGUGCCAAUGUUCACAGCAUCUGGUUUGCGAGUUCGCUUUCUCAAGGUAUGGGAGAAGAGUGGUUACAACACGGUCGAGUGGGUUCGAUACAUAACGAAAGCUGGAUCUUAUGAGAUCAGAUGCUGA